GCGAAGAAGGCGUGGAUGCUUUGCGCAUGCGCGCUUUGGCCCCUGCUCCGCGCUCGCUAGCUAUCACGUGAAGGCAGGUGUAACCAGACCCAGGUCUUGCUUUCAGCUACUUUCAACUCCUCUCAUGCUACAUGAUGUUACCUUGUUACCCUGUUACCUUAACAGGUAAAGCAAUGGAAACUGGAGGUGAAGAAAAAGAAGGCGACAAGUUGUACACGUGGGAGACAAAAUAUGAAAAGACAUGGGAAGAUAUACGUGAGGAUGCGGACGGACUACUGACGGCAGAGGAUGAGGCCGAAGCAUACAAGUUAAAGCGGAGGAAGCUCUUUCAACAUUCCUCCAGUGUUCGGCUUGGAAUGAUGCGCCAUAUGUUUGUCAUUGUUGACAGCUCUCAGGUGAUGAGUGACAAGGAUCUCAAGCCAAAUCGGCUCACUUGUGCACUUAAGGUUUUGGAGGAUUUUGUGAGGGUGUUUUUUGACCAGAACCCGAUUUCCCAACUUGGAGUCAUAAGCACAAAAGACGGAAAAGCAGAAAAGGUGCUGGAUUUGAAUGGUAACCCCCACGUGUUGAGUAAGACCCUCUGUGGAAAUUGGAGUGUGUCUGGAGAACUUUCUUUGCAGAAUGCUCUUUCACUGGCAAUGAAUGGUUUAAAGCACAUUCCAAGUCACGCCAGUAGAGAGGUUCUUGUGGUGAUGGGCUCCCUCACUUCCUGUGACCCAGGAAACAUAUUUACAACCAUUGAGGUAAGGUAGUAAAUAACAAAGAUGUUGGUUAUGAAUGACUAAAAGAACCUCUCUCUAUCAGCGGCGAUUCCACUAGUACAAUUGGUUGCAAAAGCAGAUGAAUAGCGUGUGUUCUUUCCACAAUGGCUAUUUAAUAGCAACCCCAAUGUAUAUUAUAGACAUUAUGGGGUUUACAUAAAUCACACAGGGGGGAAUGAAAAGUCUACUGAUCUGGAAAGGGUCUUGGGGUUACACUUAGACCCCAUAUAUAAGUGAGGACCUUUUGUCAUUUCUCUGGUUAUACCCAAGACAAAGCAAUACCACUGUGUGGAGGGGUAUAUACAGGCAAAUGCCGGAUUGAAGUAAGCUGUUAUCCUGUGGGAGACCAUGAGGUAAUAUACGUGUAUUCUUAAGUGGGGCGA